AUGGCUCACAAUACACCUCUCCUGGGAUUAUAUCCUCUAUUCCAAGAUGGUGGCGGAGAGUGGUCUCCAAAUGGCCUGGAUAUCAUCGCAGUACCUGGCUUAGAUGGCCACCCCUUCGCCACUUGGACUGCCUCCGCCUCCGCGGAAAACAGCAUGAUAGGACCCCUGUGGCUUCGAGACUUUCUUCCUGGCGAGAACCUACCUGAUGCUCGCGUCUACAGCUACGGGUACGAUGCCAAGUCCUGGCUUACACAGUCAAAAGGCAGUGACUUGAAGACAUUUUCAAAUCUGAUGCUACAGAGCAUCGUCUGGGCUCGAGAUGGCAGGUUGGCAAACAGACCGCUCCUAUUUGUCUGUCAUGGUAUAGGGGGAUUGGUUGUGAAGCAGGCACUUGUCACAGCCCACCUCGACGAAAAGGAGUAUCCUGGGGUCUACAGCUCCAUAAGAAGUGUGAUGUUUUUGGGUGUUCCCCACCGAGGAGCGGGGAGCUUAAACUUCCACCAGAUCAUGGCCGACAUGCUUGUCUUGGGGGGCCUGAGGGCGGCAUCACCCCCUGGUCCAGAUCUCGUCAAGAAACUCCAGGCUGAGCCGUCCGGCCUUGAAAAGCUUUCCACAGACUUCCGCAACCACAUUAAGUCCAACGUUUUACUAGUGUCAUGUUACGAGGAGGUUAACAUGAACAAGAAUGGUUCGGAAAGAUGCCUGGUUCCUCGAGAGAGUGCCAUACUCAGUGUCCCUUGGGAGAAGAUUAUCCCCAUGAUCAGCUGCAAUCAUGUGACGAUGGUAAAGUUUUACACUCGCAACGAUCAUAAUUACAAGAACGUCGCGUUCGCCAUAGCCGAGGUUGCAAAGCCCUCUGAGAGCCCACCAAAUCCAAAGCCAGUACCUAGCAAGGAGUCAGAUCCUGCAACCAAAAAGCAGCCGCAGCAAGAGCUCAAGAAAGAAAUGAAGCCAGGUGGCAAGCCGGAGGCCAACAGCACAGCAAAGAGAGAGCCACCAGCUGUCGUGCCGAAUGUGGCAGACGUACCCAAGAAGACUGCGGAGUCAACAAUCAAGAAAGAGGUGCAAGCAGAGCCAAAGAGGAGAGAAGAAACAAUCACCGGACUGCGAGAGUGUCUUGCAUCGCUAGAACAGGCCUGCCAGCAGGCGUCUUCACAAAGCAAGGCAAAAGAAGUUGACACACAAAGCUCGCUGCCCUUCACCAUGGACCGGGUGUCGAAAAACACCCAGUAUCGACAAUGGCUGAAUAGCUCAACAGAUGGUCUUCUUGUGAUACAAGGCGAAGGCGGAUCUGGGAAAACAACUCUUGCCAAGCAGAUCUUCAAGAACAUCACUACGAGCCAACCAAAGACGCUAGUCCUAAGAUAUUCCUUCAAGGAAACAUCUGCAGUAAACCUGACAGGAGAGCAAUGGCGGCUAUCCUUCUGGAGCUCACUGGCCCAUCAGCUCAUGACGCACAAACCAGAGUCUCUGGAGCGACUCGUUCGCCGACAUCACCGUCUCCGUAUAGCAUUGACACCAGGGUUUACACCAGUGUGGAAGCCAGAUGAGCUCCUUGAGGCCACCAGCAGGGAAGCUCUGCCUUCUGUUCUCAAAGAGAGAAACGUGAUCAUUUUUGUGGAUGGUAUUGAUGCUUGUGAGAAAUCAGAUGAACUUCUGGAUGAUCUCCAGAAAUACCUGCUACAGUAUCCAACCCCUGCGUCAAACUCGGGGGCCAAACCGACCGAGAUUACUCCCCGGUUUUGCUCCAAGAUCUGCGUCACGAGCACACGGGAAUUAGCUGCCAAGGAAAAGAGACAGAGGCAAUCCAUUCACAUGGAAGAGAACAAUGUCGAAGACCUCGAAACAUACGUGCAUCGGCAGCUUGAGCAAGUUUGUGCAUUAGACCAGAAAGGUCUGAUCUUGCAGCGGGCUCAGCGCAGCUUCCUACGGGCGAGGUUGCUAUGCGAGCAAGCUCAUCAGAACAUACAACAAAAGUCCUUGGAGUCAGCACCCCAGCUCGGAGAUCUCUAUCAGCAUAGUCUUGGUGCUCUUAGCCCAGAGCACAGGUCGAGGGGCCUCAACAUGAUCAAGUGGGCAACGUUUGCCUCAAGACCACUGACGCUUCCCGAGUUGUUUGUUGCCAUAGAGAUGGACAGCAAGAUAGACUCCGACAUCACCAACCUUUCCGUCCUCUUCAGCCCUCAGCAGGGUGGAGCCACUCAACUCCUGGCUCGAGAAACUGACAUGGAGGGUAUCGUCAAACACCUGUCUCGAGGUUUGCUUAAUGUGACAACAGAGGCAGCAACUGGCCGAAAGAUUGUGAGACCCAUUCACAGUUCUCUCGCACAGCUCGUCAUGCCACCAAAAGUCGUCGCCGACAAGGUUGAAAAAGACAAAGUCCCUCCCUCGCCGGAGUCUUUUGUGCAUCUUAGCAUGGUGAAUACAUGCUUGAGGUUCCUCAACAUUGCCAUGCGUGACAUCCAGUGGCGAUCCAGGGGUUCCCAAGAUCCCCGCGCCACCGGCACGUUGGCAGUUCGUCCUGAAUUGGCAUUCUCAGGUUAUGCCGAGUCCUUUUGGUUCCGACACGCCCAAGUAGUCGAGGCUGGUGCAGGAACAUUGAAGCCAUCCCUGAAGUGGUUCGGGUUUACAUCGAGUGAUGGAGACAGGUUUUUGGAAGACUUCAUAGAGCUAGCACGGUCUUGUGCCCUUGGUCCGUUGGUCGCAUCCUCGUCUAAUCCACAGCAGGAGGAGAAGACGAAAGAUAGUCAAGAAAAACAAGCAGACCGAGCCUUUGAAGGAGCCGGAUGGCUACACUUGUUUGCUCUGUACGGACUGAGGACCCCGCUACCUGCGGUGAGCAAGGUCAAACAGGCCCGCAAGGUCGAUUCCAGAGAUCAGACACCGCUUCAUUAUGCCGCCCUGCAGAACCAUAGACCAGUGGUGAAGUCUCUGAUAUCUUAUGCACAGGACAGAGAUCACCUCGGGAACACGCCGUUGCAUCUUGCUGCCAUGCAGGGCAACGUCGACGCCCUCAAAGCCAUCCUGAAGUACAGCACAGUAAAGAACCUGGCAAACACACCAAACAGUGCAGGCCACAUGCCCCUGCAUCAUGCUGUUCAUUACGAGCACAGGUCAGCCGCCAAAGCACUCUUGGACGAGAAGGUCGGUGCCCAGGUCGAUGCUCGACUUCCCAACGGCAAGACGCCGUUGAUGCUCACCGCCGAAGUCGGAUCACACGCACUAGCUGCAGUCCUACUCGAUGCAAAGUCUGGAGGCGCAGAUAUAAAUGCCGCCGACGAAAGCGGCCAUACGGCCCUGAGCAUCGCGAUACUGAACGGUAAUUACACUGUUGCCAAGCUCCUGGUGCUCAGAAAAACCUGCGCUGUCGACAAGGCGGACCGUGACGGCCGAACACCUCUGAUGCACGUAGUGCGCUGCGGGAACCUCGCUGCUGCCAAGUUGUUGUUGGACAAGCGGACGCUCGAGGAUAAGGUUGCGGACGUCAACGCUGCAGACGGGAAGCAGCUUACAGCACUGUUAUUUGCCGUAUCCUCGUUGGGAGUCAAGGCGUCUGAUGCAUGGGUGGGAGUGGACGCAGCGGCAAAGGUCAGCGACAAGAUGGUCAAGUUGCUCCUUGACAGCGGUGCGCAGGUGACGUGCCAGGACAAAGAGAAGCGCACUACCGUCGCUAUCGCCUUGGAGGCUGCCAAGAAGGCUACAGGGAGCGUCGUCGACAAGGCUCUUGUCGUGGCGGGUUUGCUCUUUGCGGCAUACGAGAAGUCCAAGGGAGCUGAUCUGGCCAAGUGGGAUCGAGAUUGGGCCGAGUCGAAGAAAGAGUACCAGGCGAUUCGCCAUAAGCAAACGCCGUCUGCAGCACCAAAGCCUAAAGACUCGGGAGCCAAACCAUCGCCAGCAGGAGUCUCGAAGUCCACAACCAAGAUGGAUACUGCAGGUACAGGCAAAGUUGCUGUAACAGCAACGGCGGCGUCAGCCAAGCUGCAAAGUGAUAAGAAGCUUGGAGCCGCAGUCAACGGCAGCGCCCAGACGAAUGGUACACCUGCGAAGCCUCAGCUUGCAAAUGGGACCACGGUGACUGCGGGCACGAGUCCAACGCCCUUGGCCCAACAUAAGGGCCAGACUGAGACACGCAGUGCGCCUACUGCAGCUGCGAAGCAGGUGGUUUCUCCGGAAUCAGUACCUAAACAGCCCCUGUCAAAGUCCCCAGCUGGAGACAAGGUAGCCGGGCCCAUGAAGGCCACCCCGGGAGCGACGCAGGCUGUAAAUCCUGCAAAGCCUGCCGUCACCAAACCCGAGACUGUUGCCGCUGCCUCGUCGGCCAAGGGAGUCGAUGUGACAAAGCCAGCUCCCCAGCCGAGCCAGCCUGCCUCGAAGAAUGCACUGCCGAUACAGUCCAACAACUCUCCCAAGUUUGCCACAGUUCAGAACCAAACAGGCCCAGCACCACCGAAGCAAGCGACGCCUCCUGGCACCGCGUCAAAACCCUCACCUCAACCAAUACCAGAGGCAAAGGGGGUUGCGGAAGCAAAGCCAGCCCCAUUGUCCGCCAAGGCCACAAACACUCCUCCUUCCACUACCGCAAAGACGCCCUCUUUUGGUUCCGCUCCCAUUGUCAAUGGACAGACGCCUGCAGUAUCUCAACCGUCAUCUGCGACAGUUGUAUCCCCGAAGCAAGCCCCUGGUCCGGCAGCCACUUCAAAGCCAAGCAUGAGUACUCCCGCUCCUCCUCCGGCUGGAAUAUCACCUGCCCUCUCCAAAACGUCUGUAGCACCGGGGCUCUCAUCCAAACCUACUGGCCCAACCCCUGCCAAGACUUCCAUGCCAUCAACAUCUGCUGCCCCUGCGACGACGGCUCCUAAGGCUGAUGCCCAAGGCCCUACUCCCCUGGCAACAAAUGGAACAGCAUCUCCUAAGGUCGCUUCCCCAAAGUCCCCAACAGGACUUCAAAGGAAGAUAGGCUCGACGACACGGCCACCAAUGCCGCGAGCUCGUAUUUCUUCGGAAGGAGGACCCGCGGCAGCGCAGCAAGCGACGCAAGUGAACCCGGCACAGGCGCCGGGUGGACAACAGGUCCCUGCCCCUCCGUCCUCACAGCCAGCCAAGCAAGCCGCAGUUGUUUCUCCAGCUUCACCAAUGCCAUCAAAAACUCCGUCGUCUCAAGCUGCUGCUGUGGAGCAGCCCUUACAAAGGCAAACUGCGGCGCAACUACCUACGACCGCAGCGCCGCAGAUACCUGCAUCUGGGCCUAUCAAGCGAAAGCCUAUACAGUCUGCAGUUGCUGUGAAUCAAGCACCAGCUUCCAAGCCAGCUGCCUCACAGGAAUCCGCCGCAGCACCAGCUCAAAAGCCGCCCACCGCUGCUGUCAACCCAGCGCCAGCCCCCAAAACAGCUACUUCGCAACCCUCCGCCAGUGCUCUGGCUCAGAGGCAGCCACAAAAACAAUCCAAGGUUGCCGUUAGUUCAUCACCAGCCCCCAACCCAGUUGCCUCACAACCGCCCGCUGCGGCUCCAGUCAGGAAGCAGCAGGAGUCUACGCCUGCUGUGAAUCCACCGCCAGCUUCGGAUCCAGCUACCUUGCAGCCGUCUAUUGGCACUCCAGCCCAAAAGCAGCCACAGCAACAGUCAGGAGGCAUACAGAAGCCGGCAGUACAAAAACAGCAAUCAACGCAACAGCAGCCACCCGUGCCGCCCAAAGGAGGGCUUCUUCAAAAGCCUCCGCCGCCACCGAAGCCGGCUUCAUCCACAGUGAAUGUACUCCAAAAGCCAAAGCCGGCAGAAUCAUUGCCGAUGGCCCCGCAAGUGCAAAAGCAGACAGUCCCGGCACCUGCUGUACGGCCCGCUGCAGGUCCUAUCACUGGACAGCCCCAAAAGUUGCAACAGCAGGCUCAAGUGAAGCAGCCGGCCAAGCCAACUACGACAGUGCCCUUAAAACAGCAACAGCAGCAGCCUGUUGCCCAAGGACCCAAGCCACCACCGGCGGCCACUGUGCCCAAGAAGCAGGAGCAGCAGCAAUACAAACCUUAUACACCACCGCAGGGAGGACCUACCAUAAAGACAUCUAACAAUGGACAGAAACCACCUGCUCAGCUCCUUCAACAGCAGAAACAGCAGCAACAGCCAAGCACGUUUCAACAGACUAAGCCAGCACAGUCAGCACCAAAAGAAUCACACCAGCGGCCUCCGAUACCUGUUGACAACAAGCAGUCUCCCCAUCCCGAGCCUGCCAGGAGGAGUAGCAGCUUCUUUUCCAAGUUCUCGGACAUAUUUUCAUCCGGAAAGGAAAAGGAAAAGAAUGACAAGCCAUCGCCGCCAUCUUCGGUCCAGGGCAAGGCCUCAGUCAACCGUACCCCAUCAUUUUCACAGAAAGUGGACUCUCCCAAGCCCUCAGCCACCCGUUUUGCACCAAGGGAGAGCACCCAAACCUCCGAAGCACCACCUUUCCAAGUAACAGCAGCUCAGAAUUAUUCUUCAUAUUCCCAAGUCCCAACAAGCCAGCACCACGUUGCCACCUACGCUGCGCCUCAGUUCUACAAGCAGCAGCAGCAGCAGCAGCAGCAGCACCCGGGCCAGUAUGGAUAUAUUCAAGAGGACCAGUUCGCGUCACCUUACCAAAGUCAUUUUGGUGAUCAGCGUUCGCAACAAUUUCAACCUGGGUUCGACCAAAGAACUGGGGUUGGCCAGACGGGUUAUAAUGAUUGGAAGCAUCCCCAAAAAGCUCGCGAGGUACAUCCUAAUAACCAAGCUCAGCCUGGUAGAGACUCCAACUCCAGUUCUGGCGUCAACCCCGCACUGGUUGCCGGUGGCGCUGGUCUGGCAGUAGGUGCCGGUGCCGUCCUCAUGUACAACGUGAUCCAGUCUCAAAAUAACGAGCCGGACCAGUCUGAGAGGGCUAUAUCACCCGACUCUCGCACAUAUUCGAGCUACAUGGAAUCUCAAUAUCCGACUGAGUAUAGCACGAACGGGUCACAGUAUCAGACUGAGUUCAGCACUUACAGAACCGAGAACGAAUAUCAGCCAGCGGAUGACACGAACCGCUCCUUCGUCGCGGCUGAUGAUGUCUACCUGAGAUCUGUACAAAAGCACGGGGAGCCACAUAAAAUCUCGGACAUCGAGCCUGAGAAACAGUCACAUGUCUCGUCUCAAGUCAUGGGCCAAAGACUUGCUCCAGCCAUGGAUGACGACGUGCACAGCAUCCCGUCGCCGGUACCCUCUACUCCAUCUACUCCUGACUUUGACAGGCGGUCAAUUGACUUGGGAUUGGAGCAUGACAUCGUCAGGGAGGACAACGACAGUUUGAAAUCCCCCGAAAGCCCUUUGGGACGCUUCGCCCCGGAUGUUGACAGUUCGCAAUUUGUUUCACAGUCAAUUCAACUCAACGAGCACGACCAGUCAGAGGAUGAAGAACUAAAAGUUCCGGACAGUCCUCUCUCAGAUAGGGCACCUUCAAUAAGGUCACUAUCCAUUCCAGCGGUUAAUUUGGCAGAAGAUCCAAAUGAUGAUGAAGACGAGAGAAUAUCCCUCUUGUCUCACACCAGCAGCCGUCCAUCAUCGCGCGGCUUUUCUCCACCUAGUCCUGACUUCCCGGCAUCUGAUGAUGAGGAUGGACCGGACGAUGAUGCCUUGAACGGCCUUUCUGAGCAUGUCGAUGGCUUGCAAGAUGCCAAAAGUAUGCCAUCUUUUAGGCUCCACGCCAACAAGGCCAGAGACGAUGACAAAGAUGACGACAAACUGCAGACUACGAGCAUGCUCGAUAACGAAAUUCAAGAAAAUGUCUCUGAUAAGGAGGGCUCGGAGCGGGGUGAUGUGCACAAGUACGAAGACGAAGUCAAGGCUCGGGAAUACCGCCCUCUAUUCGCUGACGACGAGCCCCAAAAUAAUACUGGAAUUCCGGAUGAUGACAAGGACCAGGACGAGCACAACGACAUGAGCUUUCAACGGCAUCAUGAUCUUGACUAUGCUGCUGGCACUGACAUUGACCGGGUUUCUCAUGCUGAUGAAGGAUCUCAAAAUGGCAGUGAAUUUGGAGAUGGUAUCCAUGAAAGUAAUAUGCAGGGCAGAGACUUGAGCUUGCAACAAGAUAGAAUGUCUGACAGGGACGAUGACGGCUAUUCGCAGGCAGCAGAUGAUGAUAACCGCAGCGAUCACUAUGAUGCUCGCCACAUCGACGAACACGCGCCUGUGGCAGGGUAUGCAGCAGCCGAGAGCUCCAUGUCGUCGCAUGACCAAGAGCAUGAUAUUUUCCAGGGCACAUGUAGAGAAGAACACCACCAUACGGGCGGCCCGGAGGAACAAUCCCGUCAUCAGUAUCAGCAAGAGGACCACCCUGAUUUGUAUGACGGGAACGGUUACUACUCGCAACAGACUGGGUUGGCGCAACCGCAGGGCUAUCAUUAUCAAUAUCAGACUCAGCAAUACCACGGGAACCAUCCACAGACCAAAAACAUCGAAGAGGACGGAUACAAUCAUCAGCAAUACCACGCCCAUCCUCAGCUUUCAACCCACCAGCCGGGCAACUAUCCUGAUUACGAGCAGCAGCAACCGCCUCACAACGGCGCUUACAAUCAAGGAUUGGCAGGCGCCGGGCAAGAACAGGAUGCUAAAGAUUACGGUCAUGGAGCAUAUGAUGAUGACGGCUACGGGGCACACCAGCAAUACCAAAACCAAGCCCAAGGACACCCAGGAUAUGUCUCAAACGAUGAAGAGGAGGACGAUGAUCAGUGUAUCGAUACUACAAAUGACAUGGAGCCCACCGAUUUGGACAAUAACGACGAUGAAGACGAAGACGAAGAUUUCCAAGAUGGGGAGUACGACAACGAUGAUCAAGUGGACUACGGAGGGCAGGGAUAUGGAGCUUCAGGGGACUAUUAUGAUAGUGACUAG